CAAAUGUUAUCAAAACUUCCAAUUUUUUUGAGCCGAGCGGUCGCAGCGCGUCGUUGUAAACAACAAUUCCAAUAAACGAACGCGAAACACAGCGUGCUGCUAAAACAAUUCGCUGCUAGGCGGUAGGCGGAUAGAUGUGCUAAUCGGCCAGCCUUAUCAACAAAGAGUCAGCUCGCGGAUCAAGGGGGCAACGAGCGUGGAAAUUUCGAUUUUUGCCUGCGACGCUGCUGGUUUUUUGUUGCAAAAUUACCCCAAUUACCGCGCAAUGUUCGAAAUACCAUUACAAUAUUCCUCAAGAAUUGUACGCGAUUAAAAAUUUAUAAAUAAAUUUUGUUUAUUUCCGUGCGGUUCAUGGCAGCGGAAGCGGCGGCGGCGGUGGGCGAUUGAUUGCCAAUUUCUCAAAGUUUUUUUUUUUUGUUUCUCGCUGGCAUGUUACGCGCCUUUCAUUCACGAGAACGUUUGUGUGUUUGCGCGUGUGUGUGGGUGACGUAAACAAAUGCAAAAAGCGAAUGAGUGUGUGCAAGAAUUCGAAAAAUGCGCUUGUCGAUUCACGUGCCAAAUAGCAACAAAAACAAAAACAACCGCAUCGAAAGUGGAAGAAGCAGCAGCAGCCGCAGCAACAAGAAACAACCGUAAUUCCAGUGUUUGGCAGCAGCAGCGGAAGCAGGGAAAUUGACAUAACUCUUUAUUUUUCGCAUUGUGUUCUCUGCGCCUCUGUUUUGGGCCUCACAUUCGUUGCAUUUACCAGCUGUGCGAAUCUGCAGUGGUAGUGGUGUGCCUGCCCCCGUACAUGUGUGUGCGCGCAACACGUUUGUGUUUGUGCUGCUGCGUAAGCGAAGCCAACGUUGACGUCGGCGUCGACAGCGUCCGUGCGUCACAGAUGCGACAGAUAAGACGCGACCCACUGGAGCCCCCUGGAGCCCCGACUGGAGCCCCGACUGGAACCCCUACUGGAAGACUGGAAGAAGGGCCCAGCGGCAGCGGCAGUCAAUGUCUGAUUGUGUGUGAAAACUGGGCGGAGAACUGGGCGGAGAAAUGGGUGUCGUCUCGCCUCUAUGACUGAUAAUGAUGCCAUUCGAACACUGGAACGACUGCCCGCCAGAAGAGAGCUGCCACGACAACAACAACAACAACAGGAAGAAGAGCUGCCCCCACAUGCCACGUGCCACACAAUGGCCAUGCCACAAAAUGAGUAUUUGAAAAUCAGGAAACAUAUCAAAUGGCGAAAGUGAAGAAAGCACAGAAAUAGCAGCAGAUCCAGCAGAUACAAUAUCUAUCUACUGGAGAGAGAGAGAGAGGAGCAAUAUAUAUAUAAAUAGAAUACAUAGGAAAAUACCAAUUUUUUUUGUUCCGGAAAGAGGAAAAGCUAAGAAAAGCCUGUGCCAUAAACGGGAACUUUUAUUUUGAUAAUUAUUGAAAUAAACACAAGAGAAAAGAGACACGAGACACACACGAGACAUAUCCCCUGACAAAGGAAGAAAACGCUGCCAAUUAUAGCGAUAGAGAGAGAGAAAGAGAGAGAUUUACACGCAGACACAACCACCGAUAGACAGCAGCAAUAGCUAUAUAUCCCUGCCUCCUCCCCCCAGCAACAAUAUGACAAUAUCAUCUGGAGAGACAACAGCCACAGCCACAGCGAGAGCUACAGCUACAGCGAGAGGCGCCACCACGAAUAUACAUCAUGCAACAGCCAUAAAUCGCAACAAAUAUGAAAAACUCAUUACCAAGCCGCGGUCGCAGGAUGCAAACGCGGAAACGGAAACCAAUGGAAGUGCCACUGCCACCGCCACUGCCACUCCCGCUCCCAUUGGAGCCACUACAGAUCGCACAAUGCUAUUGCCUUUGGAGGAGACAAAUGCCGCCGCCGGCAUUGUCACGUACAAACAGAAAUCGAAUGGGAGUGCGAGUGGGCAUGGCAAUGGGCACAUCAACAGCAGCGGCACCUGCAGCACCUCGUCAUCGACGUCAAUUGGCAUCAGCAGCGGCGGCGGCCACCUAGGGGCAAGCUCCUCCUAUUCCAUGGGAUGGACGUGCCAUUGUUGCAAUUUAAUUGCGAGGCGCUGCUUCGGCAUCAAUGUGCGGCGGUGUGUUUUGGCUCUGCUCGCCAUCACAAUGGUUACGAUAUUCUACUACACGCAUUACGUCGAUACGGACGUAUUUAAUGGCCUCAUCCAGCGCGACACACACCCGGCGCCGAUCAUCCACUGCCGCAUGCUGAGCGCCGCGGGGAAGCACGUGCGGGACGCCUCGCCGGCGCCCGACCACCGCUCGGAGGCGCGGCUCCGCAUCGAUCCCAAGGUCCUCGUCUUCGUGGAGACCACCUACUCGGGCCUGGGCCGGGACAUAGCCGAGCUGCUGGUCUACAAUCGGAUCAAAUACAAAAUCGAGGUGGCCGGCAAGAGCCUCCCGGUGCUCACGAAUCUCGACAAAGGACGCUACGGCGUGAUUGUGUUCGAGAACCUGGACAAGUACCUCAACAUGGACAAGUGGAAUCGGGAGCUGCUGGACAAGUACUGCCGCGAGUACGACGUGGGGAUAGUGGGCUUCCUCAGUCCCAGCGAGGAGACCUUGGUGGGGGCCCAGCUGCGGGACUUCCCGCUGUUCGUGAACACGAACCUGCGGCUGCGGGACGCGAGCCUGAACCCGGGAUCCUCGGUCCUGCGGCUGACGCGCGCGGGCGAGACCGCCUGGGGAGCCCUGCCCGGCGACGACUGGGCGGUGUUCCAGCACAACCACAGUACCUACGAGCCCGUCGAGUGGGCCCAGCGCAACACGAACGAGUACCCGGCGGACAGUGUGGGGCAGGUGCAGCUGCCACUCACGACAGUGCUGCAGGACCGCGGCCACCUGGACGGCAUCCAGAGGGUGCUCUUCGGCAGCAGCCUGCGCUUCUGGCUGCACCGGCUGGUGUUCCUCGACUCGCUCAGCUACCUGAGCCACGGCCAGCUGAGCCUCAACCUGGAGCGGAUGAUCCUCGUGGACAUCGACGACAUCUUCGUGGGGGAGAAGGGCACGCGCCUGCGGCCGGACGACGUGCGCGCCCUGGUGGCCACGCAGAAGAACAUCGCGGCCAUGGUGCCGGGCUUCAAGUUCAACCUGGGCUUCUCCGGGAAGUACUACCACCACGGGACGCGCGAGGAGAACCUCGGCGACGACUUCCUGCUGCAGAACGUCCAGGAGUUCAACUGGUUCUCGCACAUGUGGAAGCACCAGCAGCCGCACCUGUACGACAACCUCACGCUGCUGAUGGCCGAGAUGCACCUGAACUACGCCUUCGCGAUGGACCACAACAUACCCACCAGCUCGGGGUACUCGAUCUCGCCGCACCACUCGGGCGUGUACCCCGCCCACGAGCUGCUCUACGUGGCCUGGAAGAAGGUGUGGAACGUGAAGGUCACCUCCACCGAGGAGUACCCCCACCUGCGGCCGGCGCGACUGCGGCGCGGCUUCAUCCACAGGAACAUAAUGGUGCUGCCGCGGCAGACGUGCGGCCUGUUCACCCACACGAUGUACAUCGACCGGUACCCGGGCGGCAGGGACAAGCUGGACGAGUCGAUCCAGGGCGGAGAGCUCUUCCAGACGAUCGUCUACAACCCGAUCAACAUCUUCAUGACGCACAUGUCGAACUACGGCUCGGAUCGGCUGGCCCUCUACACAUUCCAAUCGGUGAUCAAGUUCCUGCAGUGCUGGACGAACCUCAAGCUGGCCUCCGCGCCGCCCAUCCAGCUGGCGGAGAUGUACUUCCAGCUGCACCCCGAGGAGGUGGACCCCGUCUGGGGCAAUCCCUGCGACGACGCGCGCCACAAGAAGAUCUGGUCGAAGACCAAGAACUGCGACUCGCUGCCCAAGUUCCUGGUGAUCGGGCCCCAGAAGACGGGCACCACCGCCCUCUACACAUUCCUCUCGAUGCACGGCAGCAUCGCGAGCAACAUCGCCUCCCCGGACACCUUCGAGGAGGUGCAGUUCUUCAACGGCAACAACUACUACCGCGGCCUCGACUGGUACAUGGACUUUUUCCCCUCCGGCGAGACCCUGGCGCUGCCGCCCAGCAACAGCAGCUCCCCCUCCCCGAUGCCCACGCAGGCGGGCAGCCCGCGCUACAUGUUCGAGAAGAGCGCCACGUACUUCGACGGCGAGGCGGUGCCCAAGCGGACGCACGCCCUCCUGCCGCACGCGAAGAUCGUGACGAUCCUGAUAUCGCCGGCCAAGCGGGCCUACUCCUGGUACCAGCACCAGCGGGCGCACGGCGAUGUGAUAGCCAAUAAUUAUAGUUUCUAUCAGGUCAUAACGGCAAGCGACUCGGCACCGAGGGCCCUCAAGGAUCUGCGGAAUCGCUGCCUAAAUCCCGGGAAGUACGCCCAGCACUUGGAGCACUGGCUGGCCUACUACCCCGCCCAGCAGGUGCACAUCAUCGACGGGGACCAGCUCCGGCUCAACCCCAUCGACGUGAUGAACGAGCUGCAGCGCUUCCUCAAAGUCCAGCCGCUGCUCGAUUAUUCAAAUCACCUGCGCUACGACGUGAAGAAGGGCUUCUACUGCCAGGCGCUCAACGAGAAGCGCAAUAAAUGCCUCGGCAAAUCGAAGGGACGCCAGUACCCGACGAUGGAUGAGCGCAGCGGCAAGCUGUUGCAGCGAUACUAUCUGAAUCACAAUACGGCGCUGGUGAAGCUGCUGAAGAAGCUCGGCUCUAGGCCCAUUCCUCAGUGGCUCAAAGAGGACUUGUCGACGGGCACGUGAUAGCAGCUGUUUGGCGGAGGAGGAGCCGGAGGAGGCGCUGAUGGAGGCGGCAGCGGCGCAGGAGGCAUAAAGUAUCGCAAAAUGCGGGCAAAACUCAGGAAACAGUUGCAUUGGCUGCACCUGGCGGCGGCGGCGGCGGUGGCGGCACCACAAGAGAGCAGCAGCAGCAGCAGCAACAGCCACAGCCACGAGGACAGCGGCGCCAGUUGGCAGCGCCAUCGACGCCACAACUGACGGCAAACAAAAACAACCAUUAAAUAUAAGAUGACAAAAAAAGUAACAUAAUUAGUCGCGCUUUUGAAAUGCAUAAAUCUUUUUUUUUUUUUUUUUUUUUUGCUUUUUUUUGCAUUUCUAUUGCAAUUGCAAUUGCAGCUAAUUAAUGUCACAACUGCAGUUGUCAGUUGGAAGUUGGAAGUUGUACGAUAUACGAUAUAUGAAUACAGUUAUCCAGCGCAUGCAUGUGUGCGCGUGUGUCUGUUAUGUAAAUAUGACCCCCGUGGGUGUGUGGUGGUGAGCGAAUGUGUGCGCAUUAUAAAUUAUCAUAAAUAACAUCCAUAACAAGAGGCGAGAGUGGCAUCAUCAUGAAUAUAAAUGUGCAUAAGUGCUCUUUGUUAGUUGUUUACUGUAUGAAUGUAUAUCAAUAUUACUAUUAUUACUAUUAUGAUUAUCAUUAUUAUUAGUUGGUAAUCGCCAAUUAAGCGCCUAAUUUAGUUUUUUAUCCAUGAAUAUCGUGUAUAUUUUGAUGACUUUUGUACUUUGUUGUUACCUCAGAGACACACACACACACAUGACACACACACACACAAUUUCUACGCAUUUCAAUGCAUCCUAAAGACUCAAAUCAAAAGCACUUCUCUACUUCUAUCUAACAUAUGUACACUCUACUCUAUCCGUACGCGUAUCCGUAUCUGUAUCUGUAACUGUAACCGUAUCUGUAUCUGUAAAAGCCAUGCCAAAACUGUGACGGAUCCUUAACCCCCCCCCCCAAAAGGAGCCAACGAGUGCUACACACAGCAACCAACAAGCAAACACAUACUUAUCUACGUUUAGGACAUAGUGCGAGUAUAAGGAUAAGGCUGCUCUAUCCCAUAAGUGUAUUUGUAAAUGUUUUAAGCCUAAGCUCCACCCUGCAGCGCCAUGUAACGCCAUGCAUCGUCAUGCCAACGCUUGCAGCAUGCAGCAUGAAUGUGCGAGUAAAAUUGUAAAGCUCUAGUUGUAGACCCUAAGUCCCUAAGUCCCUAAGCACUAAGCAAAGCUCUAUUGUAUAGUUGGAUAUAUGCGUAUUUAGUGUAUAUGACUAACUAGUUCAAGUUUAGAUUGGUAAUGCGACAAUAAUAAAACGCGAACAUUAUUGCAAGUGUAAAAUGGAGUACUACGA